GAAUUCUUUGUCGCACGCGAUUGGCCGCACCGGUUGAGCGGCUGCUGCGCAGGAGAAGCGCUCUGCUGUAGAUUAUGUACGCCUCUAUUACGGAAUAAACGCUUAUAUUGUGCUUACUGCAGUGUCGCGCGUUGCAGUUAUUUCUUCAGCCUCUUGGUUUUGAUAUUGAUUACUUUCGUCAAUCUUUGCUGGUACAACUCAUGACCGCCUUCACGACUCCCGGCCUCGCGGCCGAGGGAAACCAUUACCACCCUCGCCCUACCGGCCCUCCCGCCACGACCGCGCACCCGCACCCAAACGUGUGGCUGCCGCCACCACAGCUCUCUACUUCAACGCAAGCGGGCGGCAGCUCCUCGUCCUCGUCUACUUCUGCACAAGUAACCAAACCGCACUACAUGUUCUACAACGAGAAGCUGAAUUACCGCAUGAAGCCGCUGCGCGUGAAGAACAGCAGCACGAAUGUCGUGCUCGCGCCGGAAGAUGACGCCUUCGAUUUUUACCGCGAGCUACCGCAGUCCUCUUCGAAGGGGUCUACUGGUGGCUAUAGUCAGCAAGAGGUGGAUAUCGCUUCGAAUCAUUCGUCUCGACGAGGACUAGAUCAGCUACAUGAUCAUGAUCCAGCGAAUAGGACAAAAAUCCCCCGCCCUGUGCAGGUCAGCAACGCAACCUCGAAUCCGUCAGCGGGGUGGCUGAUGGAAGAUUUCGACGAGUUCCAGGCGGAGGAACUUUUGGAACGACAGGCGACCACGAUGGGAACAUCAAUUAGUACAGGGAAGAACUACAACGGAAAUCAUAUUAACGCAAGUCAUGACAUGAGCCUUGUUCAAGAUCAACAUCCGCAUGACAACUAUUUCGACGAAGAGAUCUUGAACUACAAUCGUCAGCAGGACACGUUCAUGUUUGACCAGACGCACCCGUUUCUUGAGGAGGAGAUGGCCGAGGUAGAAGACGAAAUGAACUUCCUCACACCGUACGAACGGUUCCUCUCCGGGGGGCCACUGUUGGGAACGAUGCCGAUCAGAGCCCCAUCGUUGCCGGUGAUGCAACCACUGGUGCCGGGACUGGUCGUCAGUGGGGGGAUGGUAUGGUGGAAGUGCCGAGUUUUUUUUUGAGAAAUCUGUGGGCGCUUGUGUUUGGAUGUCUCAUUACUGGGGCGUUUUGAUAGGUCCUCUACCUCUUGUUCUCUGUCAGAAUAUUAUACGAACGUGUGUACUUUUUCAAGCUGGAAUUCGGUAUCAAAACGUUUGCGAACUACAUCAAUCAGUCUCCCGCUGCCCUCACCGGGCACAGCCGCAGCUUCGCGGGUUCUCCGAAACCAAUCACCCUGGACGUGGACCUCGAGGGGUUGCGCUCCGUCCCCUUCUCCCUCGUUCCCCCGAGGGAGUUUUUGCUCGAGCAAAGCCGUUUGGCCGGGGUGUUUGAAAAGUUAAACCGCGGCUUGUUUCGCUCGGCCGCGCGGAACAAGCUCGAGGCACUGCGAAGCUGCUUCCACGAUUGGAGACUCCAGAAACUCUACCUGGAGCCGCUGCUGCAGAAGAACCGACAGGCGGCAAACCGGUUCGAAGUAAUCAUCGAAAACCGCGAGCGGGAGCGGACGGCGAUCGUCCACAAGGUGAAGCAGACGAAGGGCUUGACAAAGCAGGAACUCACACACAGGCUGUUCGGAGUGGAGCAGGAUUUCCACGAGAAGAUCCUCACCGUGCGAAGACAACUGGACUUUCUCGCGGAAAAGAAACAGUAUUUGCUGGGUGCCUCUCACUUAGGGGGGAAGGUGCUCGGGAAGCUCUUUCGGGAGCGGAAAUUGCAAGCGUUUCUACACUGGCAGGACAACACGUCGGGGAAAUCAGAUGCGCUGUUGUCGUACUGUUGCAAGGGGAGGAACGGCUUCUUUUUUCAGCCGGAGUUGAAAAAGAGGGAGGAGCAGGUAGUUCGUUGUGCGAUGAUUUGUCUUGCAUGAUGCUGCUCGUGCUCUGCAGUCGUGAGUUACGAUAAUUGCAAGUGUGUGCGUGAAUCUAGUUCAUGUCACUUGCUGCAAGGCUCCUUGUUCAUUAUUUCAUUUCACGCACAAAAACAAAAUCAGCUUGCCCUCCACGCGCGUCGCAAAGCGGAGUAUCUGGCCCGGGAAAAGCGCGCCGUGCACGUGAAGAAGCAAUUGCCGGUUCUGGUGAACACUUUGCAAUCCGUGACGAGCCGGGUGACUGCCAACACGUAUUGGAGGUGGCGACACGCGCUGCUGCACUAUCCAAAUGCGAAUUCUAAUACCAAGAUGAAAGAACCACGAUCCAGAAUAAAUACCGAGCAAGUAGAUGAUGACGAGACUCACUCCAAGCAGAAGAGCAAGUCGCCCGCGUCUUCAACCAGAGCAGUCAGAACGAAGGCGGCGAUACUCUGGAAGAAAGGAGCGGGCGCGGCGGUGCGGUCAUCGAGAACGGAUUUUAUGCCUGCGGAUAUUAGUGGGGAAUCUACUGCAAAAAUAUCGUCUACUUCUUCGCAAGUUCCGGCAAGCGGAGCCGACCCUGGGACUUUUCCGAGAGGAGCCGAAGGAGGAUCAUGCAACAAAAGUAAAGAAGACGCUCAGGAGUCCUCUGCUGCUGCAAAACAGGAACCCCCCGCCGCGGCCCCACCACUCUCCCCUAACCGGUACCUGCAAAACCAGCAAAAGGGCGGGUCGUCUUCCAGCAGCGCGACCAGUUGGUGGCACACGGCACUGGAGGGCAUCAAACACCUAGCGUCGGCGUCGAUGAUCCAAUCUUCCCCGGGAUUACCGCCUCUGCCCGGGAUGAACUCGCCGGACAGUGCUGGUCAUGCGAAGGUAAAGGAGAAAGAUGAUUUCGAAGAAGAUCAAGCGCAACAUAAUUCUCAACAGCAACAUUCCGUGUCCGAAGUGAUUUCCUCUGCGUUAGGCCGGUCGCCCGUAAAGCAGGAGCCCGAGGACUCGCCCGUAGAGCUGAGUGUGAAGACUUCUGGGCUAGAGCAACUCGCAGGUGGGAAUGUAGCAGCAUCCGCGUCUGAAGAAAAGCUUCAGGAGGUCGUGGACGGCAGCAUCUCUAGAAUCAGCGACAAGCUGGCCAGCCCGGUGGAGUCCUCGAACGGGGCCACGUCUACUGCACGGAGGUCGGGCGGAGAGACGGCGGCAGGGUUGUUCCCGCGACAACCAGGGGACGACCCGGACCUGGCGGAUUUUGUGCAGAAAACGAAUAAUGGUCUUGACACCGACCUCUACUUGGCCGCGCACGCAGAUUCGAAGGAGUAUAAAAAUCUUGGUGGCGUUUUAUCUUCCAGCGUCCCGAUUUCCUCCUCCUCUCCGGGUGAGGACUCUACUUCCCCACCGCCUGUGAAAAUCGAAAACCAGUUUCUGUUCCACCAGGAUAGCAAGGGAGAGAUGAGCGAUGGUACUUCCAUGCGGUCAAGGUCGGAACAGAUGAAUUACUUGGCAAGUAAGAGUUCUCUGGCAAAUAGUACCAGCAACGCAGAUUCGCCAGGGACGAGGGCGAGAAAACACGUUGGGUUUUCCGGCCGGCAACCGUCCCAGUACAGUUACACGCAUGCGUACACGGCUGCGGAUUUUUACGACGAGAAUGAUUUGGAUGAGGAAGAGUUUACGGAGGAUGUGGUAUCACGGUGUUUGUCUCCAUUUUUGUCAUUUGGAAUAAAGACUGUCAUGCUAAACGAAGCACUUGCAACAUACCCACUGUCUUUUAUCAUGCGAUAUGAUAUGACUAUGAGAAAAAAAAUGCUAUCAGGAUCUACCGCCCGCCGCUUCGGGACGGCCAUCCAGUGCACAUCAGAAUCACAACGCCUAUUUCCACGCCGACUACCUGGAAGAGGAAGACUCGCUGGAAGAGGAGCUCCUCGGGAGUUGCAUAUCUUUAGACCACGACGCGCCAGCACGACCACAUUCCGCAACAGAGGCAGCGAAUUUACUGAACCAGGAUCACCAAAAACUACGCCAAAAAAGAGUUGUUCCCGAUCCCUCGCCGCCGGCCGAGUCUUCGACCAGAUCAGCCUCAGCCUCCGCCUCUUUGAAACCAGGUUUGCCGAAGACCAGCAAGGACAGCUCGACCUACAUUCCGUUUGGCAACACCAAACUUCUCGCCACGCCGCAGUCAACCUCUGUUGCGGAUGAGGAGUACCACUUGAAGUCUUUUUCCGGCGGUGUGAUGAACAAUAGUAACCCGGACACGGAGUUUCUAUUCGCGAAAAAUACAAGCGGGUUACUAAAUAACUCUUCCGGCGGUUUUCGGUUCUCGGACAUGAACAAAGCGUCGCCGAUUUCGAGCAUCAACUCCUUCUCCGCCCGGGAUGAUCCCGAAGAGUUGGAAUUUGACCACGUCGGGCGCCCGGUGCCAGGAAGCUCGACAUUCACCAGCGACGCCGGGUCAAAAGGGUCAACUUCACAUCAGAGCAACCAAAAUAGUAACCGGAAUCACAGCCGGCACGGAGUGGCGAAGUUGAUGCAGUUCCAGAAGAAAAAAUCGAGAGAGGAGUUGCAAGAGCCGGCGUACGCAGGGCGGGAGUUUGACGAUGAAAAGUUACUACUUCGGAAAACGAACUCGACCUCUUUCGUGCAACUGGCCUCCCCGCCCGUUUCCCCCUUACCGCAGCUUUUAAGUUCGCCGGAAAGCAGCGGGAGUCAAAGCGGCCGCGGCGGUGGCCCUUAUCUUCCGGGGGGUAGUCAGAGUGCGUCCAGUAGGGGAAUCCGCAACGCGCGAUCGAGUGUGGCCGUGAAGAAAACGUCGAACGAUGGUGGUAGUUCGUCGAUGAACUAUGUUAGCAAAGUUUCAUCUUCGUCGCGAAAUGCGAAUGCCGCUACUUCCUCUAGCGCAUCCGGCGGGAAUAAAGCCAAAGCGAGAAAUGCAUCGCCAAACACCUCCUCCACCAGACCCUCAGUAUCAAUAAAGCGACUCGAGGUGAAAGAAACGCAACGCCUGCUAGAGAGUCCGUCGGGCAGUAAGCUGCUCAACCCGGCGUUACCAGCGAAGCGGAACAGCCCGGACGAGAUUUACUACGCCGAUCCGGACCCGUUUUACCGAUUGAGGUCCGGCGGCGAGGAUGACCAAAUACAAGGUUCCGGCGGUGCUCGCACGAUCAGCUCAGGCACUACUUCCCAACAUCGCACGAUCUCCGCCGCUAUCAAAUGCAAAUAUGUCUGGGUCUGGAAGGAUGUGAUGAACUUGUGAUGCAUGUUGCGAAUCAUACAAAAAACUGUGUUGCAUGACUUGCAAAAGCUGUCCAUUUGUGGCCAUGCUGAGACGCCAUUUCUCAUGCAGAAUAGGCAUCGCAAGGGGGCUGCAGAACCUGUGAUGCUAGGCACUGCUUUCUAGAUUUGGUGGAUCUUGGAAAAACAGCAUGACAAAUUUCGGAAUCUCCCAGACCGAGACAUGUUUGCAGUUGAUAGCCUCUUCCACAGCCUUCGACUCCUCAACGCAUCCGGCUUACUCGAAAGAAAGUGCUGCGAUGAACAGAGUAAGAUCAUCCGCUUCGACCAAGCCGCCUUUGAUUCACCGGCCUGCGGAGCAGUACAGGAACGGUGAAGUUGUAGACAAGAGCGGUUCAUCCUCGACCAGUAGCACCAACAGGAUCGGCUCCAACGACCUUGACCGAACGAUCCCGAAUGGUGUGCAGAGUGUGUCUUUAGGUUUACUCACGGAAGGAGCUGCUGCCAAUCGAGACAGUACAAGCUCCGCGACGACAAAUGAACUGUUGCACGGGGCGGUGAACAGUGGCGCAACUGCAGUGUCGAACGCGAUCAGCAGCAUGAGAAAUCCAUCCUUGAGGAUCGAGGAGGAAUUCGAACUGCAGAGCCACCCGAAGUCGUCGUCUUCUGGUACUACGGCAUUGUUGCAAAGUGCUGUGGAGAUCCGCAAUUUCCCGUGCUUCAACGCCGUUUACCGACAGGAGGAGAACGAGAUGUGGGCGGAGAAGCCGGUGUAUCGGUCGGAAGACAACUUAAUCUAUUGGAACGAGGAUUACAGCAUGUGGUGGCUCGGGCGGGACCCGGAAACCAUGGACGAUUUGUCGUUCUUGCAGGAGAUGCUAGUGGUGUUUUCUACCGAAGUGGAUUGUGGUGCUAGUACUACACAGCGCUCCUCAACGUCCACCGCCGAACGCGCGCCGUUUUUGCAGGGGAUUUUGAAAGAGAUAGCGGCUUCGAAGAACAAAGUGAAGACCGCGAGGACUUCAUCCGCUGGUGGGGCCAGUACGCCCAAAAGCGUCGUCUCGGGCGCGGAAGGGGAGGAGAAGACAAAUUCAAGCAUCACCAGCGCGGAUUUGCAGGAGUACCUCUCCAGCGCGGCCGCGGAAAGCAGCAAAGUCGUGCAGUACUUGCGACAAGUGUUUCAAGCGGGGUUGUUGUUGGAGGAGAGUGUGCUGCUGGUUGGAAGAACAGGGGAAGAACAGGAAACGGAUCGCGUGCGGACUGGUCAGGAGAGAGCUUUGGUGGAACUUGAUGCUCCCGAAAAACGGAUUUACUUCCUCCGAAACGCCGAUGCAGACCUGAGUUUGAUAAGUCUGGACUUCAACGGCAGCGACGAGCCGAGUGACGGGCCACGGAGACUUGCGGAUGUGUUUGGAAAGGAGGUGGUGAGGAAGUGUGAGAUUCGAGUUGGUGCUGGAGGGGGUGUUGAGUGAUCUGGUGACAGAUUUCAGGUUGCUGCUACAUCGUGAGUUUUCCCUUGAUUUCUUGUUACUAGUGCUUGCAAAACUUCUUUUUCCAAAUGAAAUGCGUCUGCGUUUCGUGAACCACCGAAGCGUGAGCGUCCAGCUGUCCUACCCGAAAAUAAAAGUCGUAGAACACGGCAACGCUUGAAAAUUUGACGGACGGCGCAGGAAAGCCAGCAGUUGGUUGUUGUUCAGGCGGUAGCGAACAGCAGC